CAUUUGUUGAAUAUUUCUAUCUAAAUCGUGGCCGCCAACAAAAAAAUUUUUUUGUUUGCAUUUACGGAGAUUGGGUAUAAGUACAUGCGUACAUUGUACACUAAAAAGUCAAUAAAAAUUGUUUCCAAAACUUCAAGAGUUACUUUAUACUACCCUUAAAAACCUUACAACACAAAAAAACUUAAUCAGCUGAUGUUCUUUUUGUAUAAACAGCUAAUAACAAUAGUCAUGUAUGUAUAUAUAUAUAAAGUAGUGUCGUCUUAUAGCUAUAUUAUAUACGCAUACCGUUUUGACUUCUUCGAAGCGCUCAGUGCAGUACGGCAUAAGAGUGCCUACCAAGCACUCUACAUCAAAACACUUUUUCUUUGGUUUGUUUACAUGGUUCUGUAAGCUGUGUCUUAAUGACUUCAAAUUGCUUUCUAUUAUGUCUAUCAUAAGAACUGCUAAUAGAUGUUUCAAGAAAUUCGAACGCCACAGCAGAUCAGUUUAUUACUCCAUUAAUGCAAAUAAAAAACAAACUGUCAAAGAAAUGGCUGAAAAUCAACACAGAAGUCGGAUUGUAUGGAUUGAUAUGGAGAUGACUGGUCUUGAUGUGGAAACAGACCGAAUUUUAGAAGUAGCUUGUUUGAUUACAGAUGAACAUUUAAAUAUUGUUAGCGAUGAAUUUUGUAAAAUAUUAUACCAACCGGACUCUCUCUUGAAUAACAUGGAUGAAUGGUGUACAAAAACUCACAGACAAACUGGACUCAUUGAACUUUCAAGAAAAAGUAAAGAAGAUGAAAAAUCAGUUAGCGACAGUUUGUUACACUUCAUGAUGAAGUACAUACCUAAAGGAAAGUGCCCUAUGGCAGGAAACUCUGUUUAUAUGGACAGGCUAUUUCUUAGAAAAUAUAUGUCUUCUGCUAAUGAUUAUAUGCAUUAUAGGAUUAUUGAUGUUUCUUCCAUUAAGGAAGUCGUGAGGCGGUGGAAACCUGAAAUUUAUAAUUCAGCUCCCUCUAAAGAUCUAUGUCAUCGGGCUCUUGAUGACAUAAAAGAAAGCAUACAAGAACUUGAUUUUUAUAGAAAAAAUGUAUUUAAUGCUAAUAUUUAAUACAUAAGUUUUGUAUUUUUAUAA